AUAUAUAUAAGGUUUGUAGGAAUUAUAAAUGAAGAAAAAAGGCGACCCCAAAAGAGCAAAUUCAACGAAAUUACUAAAAUCCUACCUUACCGUUGAUCUCACUCCCAUUAUUUUCUUUCAAUACAAUUUAGGUCUUCACUAUAAAUCUCUGUCAAAAAGAAGCUUCAGAUUGUUUAUACCUACAUGUAUUUAUAUAUAUACACUAUCAGCAUGAAGAAGAAACCCUAGCUUUGCAAAAACCCUAUUUUCCCCUCUUGAUUCUCGUUGCAGGGGUAUAUAUUUGAAUUUUGUGAGCAGUGGAGAGAAUGGAUGGAGUUUCGCAUGCUCCGAGAACAGUAGAGGAGGUUUUUAGCGACUUCAAAGGCCGAAGAGCUGGCUUGAUCAAGGCUCUCACUAUGGAAGUUGAUAAGUUCUAUCAGCUAUGUGAUCCGGAGAAGGAGAACUUGUGUCUGUAUGGUCUUCCAAAUGAGGCAUGGGAAGUCAACCUGCCUGUUGAGGAGGUGCCUCCUGAACUUCCUGAGCCAGCAUUAGGUAUCAACUUUGCUAGGGAUGGGAUGCAAGAGAAGGACUGGUUAUCACUAGUUGCAGUUCACAGUGAUUCGUGGUUGCUUUCUGUUGCAUUCUAUUUUGGGGCACGCUUCGGGUUUGGUAAAAGUGAAAGGAAGAGGCUUUUCCAGAUGAUAAAUGAUCUACCAACUGUAUUUGAAGUUGUGACAGGAACUGUUAAGCAGUCAAAAGACCAGCCUGCUGCUCACAACAAUAGUAGCAAAAGUAAAUCUAGUGGAAAUAUGCAACCUCGGCAAUCCGUUCCCCAACCUAAAGGAGUAAAGAUUUCUCCUCCACAUAAAGAAGAGGGUGAGAGUGGGGAGGAAGAAGAAGAAGAUGAACAGGGAGCAACAUUAUGUGGAGCUUGCGGCGAUAACUAUGCCCAUGAUGAAUUCUGGAUUUGCUGUGAUGUGUGCGAGAGAUGGUUCCAUGGAAAAUGUGUAAAGAUCACACCUGCAAAGGCUGAGCAUAUCAAGCAGUACAAGUGCCCUAGUUGCAGUACCAAGAGGGCUAGAGUUUAAAUCUGUGGAAAGGCUACAUUUCAAUCAAACGAGGCACAAAAAGGGUUUAGAGCUUUCUUGUUACUCUUUCAAAGGAAAAGUAGGCAAGACAAGUGGCCCAUUUCAAGUUCAUAAUUAGGUAACUACUGAUGGGAUUUCCAUUUUCACUAGUCUUGUAUGUUUCUGUGUUGUCCAAAUUAUAUGGGAUUUAUGUUCUAUAUAUGGUGGAAAUAUUUACGGAGGUUGGUGCAUUUCGGUCUGGGUUUUAUUUGAAUGCAUAUUCUUAUGCUUGCUCUUGCA